UGCAGCCGGCUGCCAGCACAUGCAAGGAUUCUGCAUUCACGGCUCGAGCAACUGAGCUGCUCCCUUGUUCCUGUUUGGGAUACAAUUUGGCAGAUCGGGUUUUCCCUGCAGUGUCCCGAAUGAAGCCAGUGUCUGACAUGUCACCCUGAGCCCUGCACCUGUGUGCUCCAGUGUUCCAAGGGUUCUUCUCCAAGGCACGCUUUGGAUAGCAGCGGGAACGCAAGGAUGGAUCUGAAUUCCUGCCUCCUCUCUCUGGGCUUCCUGGGGAUCUGUGUGUCGCCAGGCUGCUCGGGGGCUCAGGGAAAAUUCGCCUACAAGCUGCUCCAUGACUUGUUUGCCAACUACUCCAAUGCUCUGCGACCGGUGGAGGACACAGACCGGGCGCUGAAUGUGACCCUGCAGAUCACCCUGUCCCAGAUCAUCGACAUGGACGAGAGGAACCAGGUCCUGACUGCCUAUCUGUGGAUCCGGCAGGUGUGGGUGGACGCCUACCUGACCUGGGAUAAGGACGAUUACGAUGGGAUUGACACCAUCCGCAUACCUAGUAGUUACGUAUGGAGACCUGACAUAGUCCUGUAUAACAACGCCGACGACCAGUUCACGGGAUCCAUGGAGACCAACGUGGUGAUCCGCUACGACGGGCAGGUGAUGUGGGACUCCCCUGCCAUCACCAAGAGCUCCUGCAAGGUGGACGUCUCCUAUUUCCCCUUCGACGGGCAGCAGUGCCGACUGACCUUCGGCUCGUGGACCUACAACGGCAAUCAGAUCGACCUCCUGAAUGGGCUGGACACGGGCGACCUGACGGACUUCGUGGACAACGUGGAGUGGGAGGUGCUGGGCAUGCCGGCCAAGAGGAACGUCAUCAUCUACGGCUGCUGCUCGGAGCCCUACCCUGACAUCACCUACACGCUGCUCCUCAAGCGACGCGCCUCCUUCUACAUCUUCAACCUGCUCCUGCCCUGCAUCAUGAUCUCCUUCCUGGCCCCGCUGGGCUUCUACCUCCCAGCCGACUCCGGGGAGAAGGUCUCCUUGGGGGUGACGGUCCUGCUGGCGCUCACCGUCUUCCAGCUGCUGGUGGCAGAGAGCAUGCCGCCCUCCGAGAACGUGCCGCUGAUCGGGAAGUAUUACAUCGCCACCAUGACCAUGAUCACGGCCUCCACCGCACUGACCAUAUUCAUCAUGAACAUUCACCACUGCGGCCCAGGAGCCAAGCCCGUGCCCAAGUGGGCCAAAAAGUUCAUCCUGCAGUACAUGGCCCGGCUAUUCUUUGUCUACGAGGUGGGGGAGAGCUGCAAAAGUCCCAAACGGCAACUGGGCCACCUGCCCACGGUCCAGGUGGUGAGCGGCAGGGCCGCCAAGGAGGAGCAGAAAGCCCAGACAACGGAGGAGGACUCGGACGCGACGUGCCGGGAGAAGUCUCCGCAGCAGGAGUUGCUGCCACAGAAACUCAGCAGUCCCUCUGGCCAGCAGGACUGGAAAGAGACCGGGACACGUACGAACCUAGAGUGUGGCCGGGAGGGGGAGCAGCACCAAGUCUGUGGGAAGAGCCCGUGCCUUUGCCACCACAACAGCCUGAUGAGGAACGUCGAGUACAUCGCCAACUGCUUCCGGGACCAAAAGGCGGCUCAGAAACGGAGCGGUGAGUGGAAGAAAGUGGCCAAGGUCAUGGAUCGCAUCUUCAUGUGGAUCUUCUUUAUUAUGGUCUUCUUCAUGAGCAUGCUCAUUAUGGCCAAAGCCAUCUGAAGAGCCCUCGGCACGCAACGCCCGCUAGUUAGCUAGAACCUUUCCUCUCGCCCUGUUGGAGCUGCGGGUGCACACGGGUGGGUGGCCUGGGACGGUCCAUCCUGGCGCUGCUGUGGAAACUGUUGCACGUGAGGUCUCACUAAUAGCAUGUUCUUCUAGUUCCGUAGAGAUCUAUUCUUUGGCAAUCCUAGAACCCGUUUUCCCCCACGAGGGCGGCACAUGUUACUGCUGCAGCCCCGUAGCUGGUUUGAAACGAUCACCACCCCGUGGAGCGCCAGGGAGCUAAAGGGGAGGGGUGGCUAAGGUGGGGAGGGAGGGUCGGGAGUCAGGACUCUCGGGCCUGUUCCUUGGUUCUGGGAGAAGAGUUUUUGGGUAGUGGUUAGAGCAGGGGAGGAAACUGAGAGCUGGGACUUUUCGGUUCUGUUCCCAGUUCUGGGCAGAGACUGGGGCCUAGUGGAUUGGAGUGGGGGAAGGGCUGGGAGCCAGGAUUCCUGGGUUCUAUCCCAGCUCUGGGAGGGUUUGGUAGGCUGUAGCUUGCACCCCAAUGCAGUGUGUAUCAUUCUAACAUGUUCAGUCACCUCUGCAAGAGCUCGGUGGGGGAGCGGGGCCUGGA